AGAGAGAUGGAAAGUGUUAGGAAAAGCUGGCCGUUCAAGCUGUGCUAUUUAGUGCACGAAACAGUCUGGAGAAGAAGUGUUUUACGCGCCGUGAUAAUGGCUAUUAUUUCCGGCUAGUGAGCUUCAAUUUUCCUUUUUUUUUUUUUGGUACAAAAAAAUAAAUUAUAAUCCUUAAAACAUUAAAUAAAAUGUGGACAGUUCCGAAGCCAAAAUACAGAGCUGGUUUGUGCGACGAGGGGGAGAUUGCUGUGAAUAUCGGCGGAGUCAGAGUGGUUCUUUUUGGAGAUGUUUUAAACCGCUACCCGGAGAGCAGAUUGGCUGAGUUGAUGAACUGUUCAACUCAGAAUUCUGAAGUUAUCUCCUCGCUUUGUGAUGACUUCGACCCGGGAAGAAAAGAGUUUUAUUUUGACCGAGACCCCGAUGCAUUUAAGUGCAUCAUCGACGUGUAUUACUUUGGCGAGAUCCACAUCAAACGGGGCAUUUGUCCUAUCUGCUUCAUCAAGGAGAUGGAGUUCUGGAAAAUAGACCAGAGUGUUUUAGACGAAUGCUGUAAAAGUUACCUAAGUGAGAAGGAGGAAGAGCUGAAAGAGAUAGCAAACAAAGUGAAAGUCAUUUUGGAGGACAUGCAGGUGGAUCAGUGCGUUACGCGCACUCAGCGGUGCCAGAGGUUGCUGUGGAAGCUCAUGGAGAAGCCGGGUUCCUCCCUGCCGGCGCGCAUCAUCGCCAUCGCCUCCUUCCUCUCCAUUUUGGUCUCGGCAGUGGUGAUGUGCGUGGGGACCAUUCCGGAGCUCCAGGUGACGGACGCCGAGGGAAAACUGGUGGAGCAUCCCAUCAUGGAGGCGAUCGAGACAGCUUGCAUGUUAUGGUUCACCGCGGAAUUCACACUGCGCCUCGUUUCCUCCCCGAACAAGCUGCACUUCGCGCUCUCCAUCAUGAACAUCAUAGACUUCAUGGCCAUCAUGCCUUUCUACGUGGUCCUGUCCCUCACCUACCUCGGCACCGCAUCCAUGAUGGAGCUGGCAAAUGUCCAACAGGCUGUGCAAGCGCUCCGCAUCAUGCGCAUCGCGCGCAUUUUCAAGCUGGCGCGCCACUCCUCCGGGCUGCAGACACUGACCUACGCGCUGAAGAGGAGCCUCAAAGAGCUGGGACUGCUCCUCAUGUACAUGGGCGUAGGGAUCUUCGUGUUCUCAGCCCUCGCCUACACCCUGGAGCAAAGCCACCCGGAGACCCUUUUCAGGAGCAUCCCACAGUCUUUCUGGUGGGCCAUCAUCACUAUGACCACGGUGGGCUAUGGAGACAUCUACCCCAAAACCACCCUAGGCAAGUGCAAUGCAGCAGUGAGCUUUCUGUGCGGGGUGAUAGCCAUCGCGUUGCCUAUUCAUCCCAUCAUUAAUAACUUUGUUGUCUUCUACAAUAAGCAAAAAGUGCUGGAGACUGCAGCAAAGCAUGAAGUGGAGCUGAUGGAGUUGAAAUCCGGCAGAGAGGUGCGCAGAAAAAGCAGAGACUAAGAGCAAGAAACAUCUGGAUCGAGAUAAGACUUUCUAACUCCAUCAGCCUGAAAAUAAAAUAUUUACAGUCUAACUGUGGUCAACCAAACAUGGACAAAAGGAAAAAAAAAACAGUGUACACAAUUCAUUAUGUAAACACAUUCAUAAUCUCUGUAUAAGACUCUUUAAGAAAUCCAGAUCCCCAUGAGAUGUACAUAGCGUCAUAAUACUGCUGUUGUCUCUACUCUGUUGUUGCUUUCACUAGGCAACAUGUUUGUGUAGCCCAGCAAUCUUAUCCACUCUUGUUCUUGUGAAGGCUAUUAUUAGUACUGUGCAAGAAAUAUACAUGUAGGCUACGUGAAUCAUUACGUCAAUGUCACUGUGAAUAAAGCAAAAACAAACUUCACACGCUGAGUGCUCUCUGAGAAAAUGACGAAGGAACACAUGAAAUCUGUGCAGAAAUAGAGAAUUCAGCAGUCUGAAUUAAAUGAAUCUUCCAGAGAUACAAUCCGAUUAAUAAAGAAAUCCCUCUGUUGUGGGUGGAGAACAAACACAUAGGGAAUGCCUGGUGCUAACAUCACAUACACUUUGUAUUGUGUGUCUGAACUAAAGCAGUGGAUUAUGUCUGCUUACAAUGGAGGUUUAUUAAAGGGGAUCAUUUUUACAGAAAACAAAAUAUUUCCAUCUGAUCAUCAUUUUGAGUCAGACUUGAGAAACUGCGAUCCUACAAUUAAGUUAUUUUUAAACAUAUAUAGAGGAUAACAGGAUGUCUCCGUGUUGUCAUGGCUGAGCUCAUGGCAUCCGUGGCACCAGGGGCAUGAGAGGCAGCAGGAGCACGAGGUCCAGUCCUUGUGCCACAAAGUGCUGUGGUUCUACAGGGCUACAGGGGGUAGAGACUCCAGCCUGGACUAACAGGGACACAAGAUUCUGGGCUCCGGAUACAAGCGACAAGAGAACCUGAGCCGAACACAGGCACACAUAACACCCCCAGAGUCACAACUGUUUUGGAUGCUGUAUUAUUUUUGUCUGAAAAGAGGAUCAUCCCGUCAAUUAUAGCCUUAAAUACUAACAUUGACUUGGUCAAUAUAUACGUGACAGACGCGACCUGGAAAAACAACAUCCGCGAAUAAAAACCACAACUUAACUGUCCAGAGAAAGUGAGGGCUUGGGAUGGGAUGAGAGGGGUCACAGCGAGGGGAUGGAGAUGGAAGGUGAUCCUUCUUAUGGUGUAGAAUAACCCAGGAAGGGAGACUCAGGGUGAGGGGUCACAUCACACAAGGCUUUUCCCCGUGGUUGCUAUAAUGAAGAGGGAAGUAAGUGAGGUGAGGUGGUGGGGGCUGAGAACUGAGAGAGACAAACGGGGAGACUUACGUAAGUAAUAAUGAGUUCAUACGGCACUGAACUUGUAUGUAUGAUUCGGGCUGUCUUGUGCUUUGGAAAAGUCUCAAUAAACCAAAA